AUGCCGAAGAAGUUUUUGGUCGAUGGACGCGAGCUUAUUUGUGUGAAUGAAGCCGAUUUUGAUGAUGUGCGAAGUCGAUUCAAAGAAAAUGUGCUUGUGGACGAUUUAGAAGGCUGGAAUUCCACGGAAGCCAUGGAGAAGUACACGGCAACGACUUUCCUUGCAAAGGCCCGUCACUAUCUGUCGCUAGCGCCACCGGAUAUCAUGCAAUCGGCCGAGAAAGCCUGGUUUGCAGCGGUCUACGCAGUGAAGGAGCUCUACUUGACCGCCGGGAACAUCGACAUCAAAUCGCACAACGGGCUUAGCUUCUUCUGCGACUUCGCGAUCGACUGUUCCAGUCUGUCAUUCGAACGACGCAGAUUUCUUCGCUACUCUUGCUGGGGAAAAGCAGAGAAGCUCCACCAAGACGUUUACGAUUCGGGCAACUUCAGAACGUCGGAAUACUCAGAAGUCAUUUGUAAUAUUGAAGAAUUCGUUACUACUUUCUCACAGCUUGAUCGUGCUCAUCUUUUCAAGGAAUUUCAUAAGUCAUUCAUCGCUUCAACUGCCCCUAAUGUAGAUGUUAGGAAAGAUUCCGGUUAUGUAAAGCUAGGAGGCUACAGCUACAAGCGUGAUUAUGUUGUAUUCGUUUGA